AUGGGAACGCUAAGUGUGCAGCCACCUACAGGUACCACGCGUAAUCUCACCGAAGUAUUUAUUCUUUUACGUAAUAAUGCACAACAGAGCAAAUUCGUGUAUGCUAAUAAUAUUUCAAAUAUUGCUGAUGAGAAGUUAUCGCUAGUUACACUGGAUGAAGAAAAUGGGACAGUUCAAGUGUCUGGUUCUAGUCGUGUACCACCUGAAUGGAUUAAUUAUCUUGAUGAAGCACAGUAUGAAAUAACAAGGAUACGAUCACGUCUAAAACGAAUUCGGGAAAUGCAACAGAAUCAUAUAUCUAAAUCAAGUUUUGUAGAAGACUCAGAAGCACAAACAGAAAUAGAUGAAAGUACUGAUGAAAUCACAAAAAUGUUUACUCAUUGCCAACGUUUGAUUGACUUUAUUGAAAAAGCAAACAUCUUCGAAAGCUUUCAACAGUCUCAGCUGCGUAAAAAUGUAGUUUUGUCAUUGCGGCUGGUAUUGAGUUAUUUGGCUGGAGAUUUCAGAACAAAUCAGGCAAAGUUUCUAAAACAAAUUGAAGCUCGCAAAGAAAUUGUGAAUUCGUAUUUGCUUGCUUCUAGUGAUUGGGUAAACACAGAAGUACUCGACGACGCACCGAUUGAUGAAUCACGAGAUGGUCUUACGAUGGAACAAAUACAGUUGCUGUUGCAAAAUGCUGAUAUGGUCAAAGAACGUGAACAUGAUGUUAUGAGCGUCAGUAAAUCAAUUGUUGAAUUAAAUUCUUUAUUCAAGGAUCUCGCUUCUAUGGUUGUUGAUCAAGGGACUAUUUUGGAUCGGAUUGAUUACAAUGUUGAACAAGCAACGUUAAAAGUUAAAUCGGCUUUAUCGAGUGUUCAACGAGCUGAAAGGUAUCAGCGAAAUGACAAGAAAAUGUAUUGUAUUUUUAUUUUAUCGGUUGCAAUCAUUGUUUUGCUAGUUCUUCUAAUAAUUGUUAAAACUUGA